AUGCCUCCAUCAGCCCUCUCCUCCUCUCCUCCAAACUCGCACAUCAUAACCUCCACGGGCGAGACCUUCCCGCUCUCCGGCGUCCAGUCAGCCACCGCCAUCCGCGACAACACAGAGUACCGCGGCUACGACCAUGUGCACUGGUACGUUGGCAACGCCAAACAGGCGGCCUCAUACUACAUCACUCGCAUGGGCUUCCACGCCGUCGCCUACCGCGGGCUCGAGACCGGCUCUCGCUCCCUCGCCUCCCACGUCGUCUCCAACGGGCUCGUGACCUUCGUGCUCACCUCCCCACUGCGUGCCCCAACACCCUCCGAGCUCUCCCCCGAGGACGCGGCAGAGCUGGAGCUCGUGCACAGGCACAUGACCGAGCACGGGGACGCCGUCAAGGACGUAGCCUUCCAGGUCGACGACGUGUACAAGAUCUACAACCGCGCGAUGGCCAACGGCGCCGUGAGCGUUGCGCCGCCCAAGGUGCUGAAGGACGAGGGCGGGGAGGUGGUCGUCGCGAGCCUGAAGACGUAUGGCGAUACGAUACAUACGCUUGUGGACCGCAGCAGGUUCAGGGGCGCGUUUAUGCCGGGGUAUAGGGCGGCGACGGAGGUGGACCCCGUGGCCAAGUUCUUGCCGGAGGUGAGGCUCGAGGCGAUUGAUCACUGUGUGGGGAACCAGGACUGGAACGAGAUGGAGGCGGCCUACGAGCAAGCCCUCGGCUUCCACCGCUUCUGGUCCGUCGACGACAAGGACGUCUUCACCGAAUACUCCGCGCUCAAAUCCAUCGUCAUGGCGUCGCCCAACGAGCUCGUCAAGAUGCCCAUCAACGAGCCCGCGCACGGCAAACGCAAGUCCCAGAUUGAAGAGUACGUCGAGUUCUUCAACGGCUCGGGCGUGCAACACAUCGCGCUGCGCACCACCGACAUCGUCACCACCGUCAUCAACAUGAAAGCGCGCGGCGUGUCCUUCAUCACCGUCCCCGACACGUACUACGCGCAGAUGGCGAAGCGCCUCUCGGCCGCGGGCAUGCGGCUCAAGGAGGACUUCCGCGUGCUGCAGGAGCUGGGCAUCCUCGUGGAUUUCGACGAGGGCGGGUAUCUGCUGCAGCUGUUUACGAAGCCGCUGAUGGACCGCCCGACGGUGUUUAUUGAGAUUAUACAGCGGAACGGGUUCUCGGGCUUUGGCGCGGGCAACUUCAAGAGCCUGUUUGAGGCGAUCGAGAGGGACCAGGCGGAGAGGGGCAAUUUGUAG